UAUUACCAAACAUGUCCCCCUUUGUCCGCUCCUCAUUUCCCCAGGUUCACGCCCUUCCUCUCACUCCCUCCUCGAGCUUCGAAAUCUGCAGAAAAAUCCUGUCUUUUCAUUUUAAGAAUGUCUGACCGGAAGAAAAGAAGCUCGCUCUCUCCGGCCGCCGCCGCCCUCCUCCUCCUCCUCCUCCUCGCCGCCGCCGCCUUCUCCUCCCGCGCCGCGGCGGCGGCCCAGAGCCCCAUCAAGACGGUGGUCGUCCUGGUGAUGGAGAACCGGUCCUUCGACCACAUGCUGGGGUGGAUGAAGCGCCUCAACCCGGCCAUCGACGGCGUCGACGGCUCCGAGUCGAACCCGCUCUCCACCUCCGACCCCAAAUCCACCCGGUUCCACUUCGACGACCGCUCCCACUACGUGGACCCGGACCCGGGCCACUCGUUCCAGGCGAUCCGGGAGCAGAUAUUCGGGUCGAACGACACGUCGGCCGACCCGCCUCCGAUGCAGGGGUUCGCGCAGCAGGCCUACUCGAUGGACCCGUCCAUGAACAUGUCGCGGAGCGUGAUGAGCGGGUUCCACCCGGACAUGGUCGCCGUCUACAAGGCCCUCGUCUCCGAGUUCGCCGUCUUCGACAGAUGGUUCGCGUCCGUGCCGUCGUCGACCCAGCCGAACCGCCUCUACGUGCACUCCGGCACGUCGGGAGGCGCCACCAGCAACAUCCCUGCCCUCCUCGCCCUGGGCUACCCGCAGCGCACCAUCUUCGAGAACCUCGACGACGCCGGGCUCUCCUUCAGGAUUUACUACCAGAACAUCCCCGCCACGCUCUUCUACCGCAACCUCCGGAAGCUCAAGUACGUCCCCAAGUUCCGCUCGUACAGCGCCUCAUUCGCGGCGGACGCGAGGCAGGGGAACCUCCCGAACUACGCCGUCAUCGAGCAGCGCUACAUGGACACCAAGGAGGAGCCCGCCACGGAUGACCACCCGUCGCACGACGUGUACCAGGGGCAGAUGUUCGUGAAGGAGGUGUACGAGACGCUCAGGGCGAGCCCGCAGUGGAACCAGACGCUGCUGCUGAUCACGUACGACGAGCACGGCGGGUUCUUCGAUCAUGUUCCCACGCCGGUCCGUGGGGUCCCCAGCCCGGACGGCAUCGUGGGGCCCGAGCCCUUCAACUUCACGUUCAACCGGCUGGGUGUGAGGGUCCCCACCAUUGCGGCUUCGCCUUGGAUCGAAAAGGGCACCGAAAAAAUUGCAGUCGUCCAUGGGCCCAACGGCUCGCCCUUUCCGACGUCUGAGUACGAGCACUCCUCAAUCCCUGCAACAGUCAAGAAGCUUUUUAACCUCAGUGCGCCUUUCCUCACUAAGCGAGACGCAUGGGCUGGCACGUUCGAGGGCAUCGUGCAAACACGCACUGAACCGAGAACUGAUUGUCCAGAGAAACUCCCGACUCCAGUCAAGAUCAGGAAAGGCGAGGCUAAUGAAGAUGCCAAGCCAAGCGAAUUCCAGCAGGAGCUCUUGCAGCUCGCAGCGGUGCUGAAGGGUGAUCACAUUUUCACAAGUUACCCGGAGAGGUUCGGGAAGGAGAUGACCGUCAAAGAAGGGAAGGAGUACAUGGAGGACGCAGUCAAGAGUUUCUUUGAGGCGAGUCUUUAUGCCAAGAAAAUGGGUGUUGAUCGAGAGCAGAUUGUGAAGAUGAGGCCUUCACUCACCACAAGACCAUCAAAACCCUGAAACACAGACACCACUGCAGAUGCUAUACAAAAGCCUAGCAGAAUUGUUUAAGCGUUGUAAAAAACCAAAAAAAUAAAUAAAAUCCAAAGUUCUUUUUAGGUCAGAAAAAUCUAAGGUUCACCCGCAACAAAAAAGUGAGCAACAGAGGAAGGUGGCAACAGAGGAAGGUGAUUAUUGUUUGCAAGUUUUCUCGUUUCAUCACAGUUGCACGGGUCAUAGCAAAUAUUUGACAUGCUAUUUGUCA